AUGCUGCAAUGUCCAGCCGCUCCUGCUGCCUACCAGCAGCCACAAGCGCAGUUUGCGCUGCCAACUCCGCCGCAGUGGCAGGCACCUCCACUGCCGACGGGAGAUGAUCUUGGUCCCCCGCCAAAGCGACAGACAGACAACAUGCCCACGCCAGCUUCGAUUGAGAAUCAGAAGCAGGCUUACGCCAGGGCCCUUGACCAGCAGCUCGAAUCGGGCACUCGCACGAUCAACGAGCAGAAGAAUCAAGCCCUGGACAUUCUGCGCAACGCCGCGGAAGAGAAGAAGAUGAAGUACACGAUGGAGCUAGAAGAGCAGCUUCUACAACAGGAGUUUGACCUGGAUGAGCAGUGCCACCAGCAGAUUAUGCAGCUUCAACAGGCUGCAUUCCAGCAGAAGUCCCAGCUCGAGCACCAGGCUAGUACUUUGAUCAUGGAGUUCAAGCAGAGGCAGAUGCAGGAGGUCGCACCUCGCCACCUGAAUCCGCCACGUCAGUGUGCGAAUCUGCCGUACAACAUGUCGAACAGGUAUCUGGAGUGUUCUCGAAUCGAGUUGCUGAGGUAUGCUGCAAUGUCCAGCCGCUCCUGCUGCCUACCAGCAGCCACAAGCGCAGUUUGCGCUGCCAACUCCGCCGCAGUGGCAGGCAAGAGGGUGGUAGUCAAAGCUUCUGGAUCCUGGUUCACAGGUCUACUGUGGAUUAGUGGCACCCGUGGCACCCGUGACCAGGCACCUCCACUGCCGACGGGAGAUGCUCGGCUCUCGGUGAACUUGGUUUUUUCUGGUGGCGUUGUCGUGCUUGGCAAGGAUCUUGGUCCCCCGCCAAAGCGACAGACAGACAACAUGUGGGUUGCUGAGACCGAGACCCCGCCGAGGCGUGGAGCAGAGUCUAUUGAAGUCAGACUGAGGCCCACGCCAGCUUCGAUUGAGAAUCAGAAGCAGGCUUACGAACAUCAAGCCCUGGACAUUCUGCGCAACGCCGCGGAAGAGAAGAAGAUGAAGUACACGAUGGAGCUAGAAGAGCAGCUUCUACAACAGGAGUUUGACCUGGAUGAGCAGUGCCACCAGCAGAUUAUGCAGCUUCAACAGGCUGCAUUCCAGCAGAAGUCCCAGCUCGAGCACCAGGCUAGUACUUUGAUCAUGGAGUUCAAGCAGAGGCAGAUGCAGGAGCAACUACAAAAUCGGCUCUACCAGCAGAAGCUGAAGAUGUACCAGAUGCGACAGGCACAGAGGCCAGCGGGCGGACAGGGACCACCUCAGUGA